UUAAAAAGCCAUCACGAAGGUCACUCAUCAUAAAAACCCGAAACUAAAAAAUCCUCUUUUAAAUUAAGACUGCUACAUGAAGAAACCAAAAAGUAAAUCUACCAACUAACUAAAACAUCGUCAAGUCAAAACCGAAGAAUUCCAAUGCUGCAAAACUCGACCAACAGAAUCCUAACCUACAAAUGAUAGAAGGACUUGUUUAAAUGGCCAAUAAUGGUUUGGGAAGCUCCAAACAGUCCGGCAAACCAGAGAACUCGGCGCUCAUUACUCAAACCAACUUGGAAUGUAAGAAUCUCUACGACUAUCUCAAAACCAGACCUCGAACCGUAUUGGAAAAGCUCUACAAUCAUCCGGCUAUUUGCUUGGCGGUUUAUAGAGAAUUACCAGAGUUAGCCAGACAAUAUGUGAUAAGGAUAUUGUUCGUUGAACAGCCUGUACCUCAGGCCGUAGUGGCUUCAUGGGGCAGUCAAAGUUUUUCAAAAGAGCACACCUAUGUAACUAAAGUACUGUCCGAAUUGAACGUUUGGGUUGAAGACUCGUUACCAGGAGGUUUAUUAGGGUGGGUACUGGCGCCUACAUUUAAAAAAAACCUUAAAGUAGCUCUUAUGGGUGGUGGAAAACCAUGGAGCAUGUCGUCAGCUCUAGAACCAGAUAAGAACCCAAGAGAAAUUGGGUUUUUGGAUUCAUAUUCAUCAGAAAGAUGGGAAUGUGUUUUACAUUAUAUGGUUGGAUCCCAGCAGCAAGAAGGGAUAUCAGCUGAUGCUGUUAGGAUUUUAUUGCACGCAGGCCUAAUGAAACGAGAUGAAGAGGAUGGCAGCCCAGUAAUUACCAGACAAGGGUUUCAGUUUUUGUUAUUAGACAGACAAGCACAAGUAUGGCACUUUUUACUUCAGUACUUGGACACUGUUGAGCAAAGAGGUUUAGACUUGAUUGAAUGCUUAACGUUUUUAUUCCAAUUAAGCUUCAGCACUUUAGGCAAAGAUUACAGUACUGAAGGCCUCAGCUCCGGUCUGUUAAUUUUUCUGCAACACUUGAGAGAGUUUGGAUUAGUCUAUCAAAGGAAACGUAAAGCUGGGAGGUUUUACCCUACCAGACUAGCCUUAAAUAUCACGAGCAGCCAAAAUAAAAACAUCCCUAUCUUGGAAGAAGACACUCCCAAAGGUUACAUAGUUGUGGAAACAAAUUACAGGGUUUAUGCUUAUACAGACUCAAAUUUACAAGUGGCCCUUAUCGCAUUGUUUACUGAACUAAUGUAUAGAUUUCCCAAUUUGGUUGUGGGAGUGAUUACCAGAGACUCAGUAAGACAGGCAUUAAGGGGCGGUAUUACUGCAGACCAAAUCAUUGGCUACCUCAAACAGCACGCCCAUCAAAAAAUGCUGGCCCUAGAAGCCAAGCAAAUUCUACCUCCAACUGUUGUCGAUCAAAUCAAACUGUGGGAAUUGGAAAGGAACCGGUUGACUUAUAACGAAGGGGUUUUAUAUAGUCAGUUUUUAUCUCAGGCUGAUUUUAAUGUAUUGAAAGAAUAUGCCCAAUCGAAUGGUGUAUUAAUUUGGUGCAACAAAGAAAAACGGACUUUGGUGAUACACAAAAACGCUCACGAUGAUGUGAAGAAGUUCUGGAAAAAAUAUUCGAAAGGAAGUUAGGAUUAGGUUUACAUUUAAGCUAUUUAAUAAAAAAACUGUUUCAUAUAGAAGAUAUAUUUAAUAUACCAAAGAAAAACCCUAAUAUUUCCAAAACUAUACAACUGUAUUCAUAAGUUCAAUAACUGUCAUUUAGUGGUGGCUCUUUAGUGUAUUUAUCUGCCCCGGUUCUUUCCCCUGCAAAAUGUUGACGGUGCCUUUCCAUUCUCAUAGCCAUGAUUCUCUGAAAUUGUUUACGUUUGAAAACGCACUCGUCGAAAUCCCUCAACAGGUUUUCGCACUCUUUCAUUCCUCUGGCCAUGCCGUACGCCUCCAAACAGUCCAACGUUUUCAUUUCGAUUUCUUUACAAGGUCCUUUGCCCCAUUGGUUUGUUACCGCCGGAUAGAACACGUCGUUGAAUGGAGAUUUGACGAACGGGGAUAAAAUCGACAUUCUAAAAAGAAUUGGGAGUUGUUAGGGUGUGAUAUUUCAGGUUUCAUGCAAGAAAAUAUUCGAAAGAGUUUAA